ACUCGCGAUGCGUCAGUCUCUGAGGCGAAAGUCUUGUAGUGCUUGCGCACGCUCCAAACGUCGCUGCAAUCUCAGUCUCCCCAGCUGCAGCCGCUGCGCAGCAAAAGGCAUGGAAUGCUCGUAUCCCAGUUUCACAGCUGUGCCGCCUCCACCCCCAAAUGCCUCGCUGGGUAGCCCGCUUCUCAGUGACUCAGUUGGCGAUGCUUUGCUUUCUCUUCAAACGUGCUUGUUUAUCCCCUCGACUGAAUCACAUGGCAUGCAUCUCGACUCUUCGGAAUAUCCUCCCCAUAUUGCAGAGGAUUUUACAGCGCGUGCAGAAUUCUUGGCUCAUUUGAUGUCAUUGCAAUCCACAGCACUGGCGGAGAAGGGAUUCAAUGUAUUCAUUCAUUCGUCGCAGACUUUGGCGUCAGAUGCGUUACGCGACGCCUUAGCUGGUAGUGCCCUACACGCCAUGCGAAAUCCUUCUAACGCGCGCUUCGUCGACUCUGAGACUACAAGGCGCGCCUCAAUCGUCGUUGAACUCCUGCAUCUAGCAUCAAUAAGUGACGAUGCUGUCGACUUGCAAAUGCUUCCUUCGGUACAGGCACUUCUUGUCUAUCAGUGCAUGCGACUGUUCUCACCCGGCAGUAUCAGUCAGCAGACACAGGCGGAACGCGAUAACAUUGUUCUUCAGAUUUGGGCAUCGCGUUUGCAAUUAUCAUUGGCUUGUGAUGACGAGCUCAUGGAGGCGAGCUGGGAAUUCUGGGUUGAGCAGGAAGCCAUUCGUCGCACACUAAUAUGCAUAGAGCUUGCGCAGGGCACCUAUACUUACCUUCGAGGAAACUGGCCCCUCGGUGUCCGAUGCCAUCAUGACCUAAGAUUUAAUGCACAGAAGGCUCUUUGGGAAGCUAAAUCAGCUGCAGAAUGGCGUCUUGUCUCUGACGACUCCGUGCAUCCCUCGCUGCCAUGCAAUAUGCUUCGCUUACAUAAAGACAUUCUCGACGCAGUGCCCGGUGACUUGGAUGAUAUAGGGAUUCUACUGCGUGCUGCGGGUGAAGGGCUUGAGAACAUGAAUGCCUGGCUUGGUCGCGAUAAAGAAGCCUUGCAGCAAUGGGGCCAGGUGCGCAUCUGACUGUCUUUGGCAUGGUAGCAGCUAUAAAAGAUCCCGCCUCUGGGUCAUCUUCAACUACAAACCAUGCACACCAAUCCGAAGAAACUGGCUAUCUCUGUCAAGCUUAUCCCUAAUCGGUCC